AUGACCUUCCUGACUCUGACGCCCUGGUCGCGCCGUAAUGCGUAUGACGAAGAUGGAAGGGUCUGGCACGAGGAGUGUAUCUCGGCCAGAUUUAUCCGGCCCGUUGAAGAGGCCGCAAGGGUGGCCCUGAAGAAUGCAGACUGGGACCCUCUUACCCCCAAGGGCAGCAAAGUGAAGAAGGUAUCAGCCGGGCCUCCUCGACCGAGUACCCUGGCCGUGGCCGCACCUAAGCCUCGGAUCGCAAGAGGAGCCGAGAGGCGCCAGGUACUGAGGCCGUACUGGCCCAGAGUGCCGCGGCUGAGGAAGAGGACCCUUUUUACCUCCUCGGAGGGCAGAGGUGAGGAGGAAGCUCCUCCCGCGAUUGACGUGGCAAUAGUCGAGGAGGAGGCUACGGCCGAGGUGCCGUAUGUAGAGGAAGCGGCCGCUACCCAUAUGGUGGUCGAGGAGGUGGGAGCCGCAGAGGCGGCGGUUGAGGAGGCGGUCACUACCGAGGGGGUGGCUGAGGUGCUGGAUGCUGAGAUUGCGUCCGCAGAAGUGCUGCCUGCCGAAGAGGCGACCGAAGAGAUCGCCGAGGAAGCCGCUGAAGAGGCUGCUGAGGAGGCUGCCGAAGAGGCCACCGACGAGGGCGGCGAGGAGGCCAUUGAAGAGGCCACUGAGGAGGCAACCGAAGAGGCUGCCGAAGAGCCUCCUGCGGACGUGCCUGCUUGCCGUGAGUAUUCAGUCAUCUCUUUUGUUAUCUCCUUAUACCCUAGCCGGUCUUUUCUUACCCAACCUCUCUCUCAUGCCCAGGAAGCCACCUCCUCAGAUGAUCUCAAGGAGUUAUACGCCAGCCUCCACGAGGAAGGAGGUAGCUCAGCCUCGGCUCCUUUGGAUGAGGAUUCCAAGACCGUCAUUGAACGGCUCCGAGAGUUCCUUCUCCUUGGGGUUCAACAAAUGACCGCUGCCGGAGCAAUUAUGGAGUUCAGGUCUUGCUUGGAUACGGCCAUGGCACUCGGUCUGCUCAACUCGGCUCAGCUGGAUGAACUGCAAGCCCGCCUAGCUGAAGGCGAGGAAAUGAUCGGCCGGUAUGCUGAAGCCGUCACGAGGAUGGCCGAAGGGAGCUCGCUUGAGCAGGAUCUGGAGGUGAUCAAAGAACAAGUUCACCCUGCAAUGGCCCAAUUGAAAGAGAAUGACCUCGCGGUCCAACGGGAAACUGAAGAACUUGCGCAGGUCGAGGCUCAGAUCGCCGAGCUCCAAGCUCGUCGAGCUCUCAUACUCCAGCGCCGAGAUGGCUCGGUCGCGACCGGGAAAGAACUGAAGUCCUCGGCCAAGCAAAUCCUUAAGGCAGCGACUGAGACGAAGAAGGCCCUGGCCGAGCGAAAGCUGAUCCGAGCGAGAUGGCAGGCAGACAUCGACGGCGGGGACAUUGCUUGGAGAAGGAUCACCUGCCUGAUCUGGGGGAUGUUCAGCGGGGACAUCGACGGGUGGCGAGUGACUUGUUUCGGACAUAUUUUGGGAUGUAAUAAUUAA